AUGUUGACACUGGAGGAGGGCGUGACGUGCCGUCCGCGAUGGUCAUCAGGACCAUGGAGUCUCUCGUACAUCGUCGACAACGCUACAGCAAACCAUUUCUGCGUCACACUUGACUUUGAGGGCUCGAGCAACAUUGCCCUAUAUCGAUCGCCCUGCCUCGAGCUGCAGGUGGAGCUGGGGCCGUACGACCGUGUGCGCGUUGUCGUGCGCCGCCUCGACGAGCAAGCCCGCUGCGCGAUCAAGCUGCGUCAUUCGGUCAACAAGCGUGAAGCCAACAGCAACAUGCAUGCUGUCAAGGAGCAAGAAGACAAGGCGCUAGCCACACUUCUGUUGGAUGUGUACGCGGCUUCGUCCGUCGAUGCAACUCAACGUCAAGGCCUGCCGUAUGUCGAUGCGACGUUCAUGCCGUCCGAAGCAAGCUUGGGAUAUGGUGCACAAGCGUUCACUUGGAAGCACGUUUCACAGCUCUACGACCCACUGACCCCAUUUAUCGACCGAGCCAGCACCGUACUAGGCUUAUCACCGGAAGCUCCACUCACAUCAACGGGGCUGGUAUCGGCCCUGACCAUCUUGAGCGAGCGCCAAAUCUUUCUCGAGAGAGCCAUGAGCUCGCGAGAUGGUGACGAUCGCUUCUCCGUGCAGCUCUAUCGCCGCGGCGAGCCCGUUCUUGUCGACGUCGACGGUUUCGUUCCUUGCGUACCGGGCGGCGGCCCGGCCAUUAUCAAGUGCACCCAUGACGCUUUGUGGCCACUCGUGCUGCAAAAAGCUUUGGCCAAGUUGUUUUCCGGUUUUGGCGCUUUGCAGACUGCGUCCUCGUCAUCGAUACUGGAGGCCGUCUGCGGCCACCCCCGGCUCGCUUUCUCGCAAGAGAUGAUUGUGCAGUUUGCUCCUGGCGAGUACCUCAUUGCCGUCAAGCCUUGGAGCCGUUGGAAAGAAACACCACGAGACACAGAAAACAAGCUCGAAGGUGAGGCGGCGCUACGGCACUUUUUCCGCGUCCUGGACACAGACAUGGAUGACCGCCUCGGUAUCGACGAUUUGCGGCGUUUCCUUCAAGUCUACGAAGACGGUCUUACCUUGAGCGAAGCUUCGUUUACAUCAAUUGUCAACGAGUUCGAGUCCGACGCUCGUGGACUCACGUACCAGGGGCUCAGCGAAUGCUACGAGAGCUUUGGCGUUGGCGCGACCGAUUGCAGUCACGCUAUCUUUCAGACAUCGGCGCAAUGCAUACUGAGCCUUCAUCUAUCGUGCCCGGCGCAGGACGUGGCGCUUCUUCAGAUCGAGUAG